UGAUGGCUGGGCAGACAGAGAUGAAGUCAUUGAAGGUUACGAACCUGAAGCAAAUGGAGGCAUCACUAUCAAACUGCAGUCUCCAGAGGUCUUGUCGUUUGAUGACUACUAUCUGAAGCUGCGUCUGGACACCAACACCCGCAACCCCUGGUUUCCUGAGUUCUGGCAGCACAGAUUUCAGUGCCGCAUCCCAGGGCACCCGCUAGAGAAUCCCAACUUCCAGAAGAACUGCACUGGCAAUGAAAGCCUAGAAGAAAACUAUGUGCAGGACAGUAAAAUGGGAUUUGUCAUCAAUGCUAUAUAUGCCAUGGCUCAUGGGCUCCAAAAUAUGCAUCAUUCCCUUUGCCCUGGACAUGUUGGGCUGUGUGAUGCUAUGAAGCCAAUUGACGGCAGCAAGCUCUUGGAGUUCCUCCUCAAAUCCUCAUUCAUUGGUGUUUCUGGAGAAGAAGUUUGGUUUGAUGAAAAGGGAGAUGCCCCUGGAAGGUAUGACAUCAUGAACCUGCAGUACAUAGAGCCCAACCGCUAUGACUAUGUCCUCAUUGGGACAUGGCACGAGGGUGUGCUCAACAUUGAUGACUACAGGAUUCAGAUGAAUAAGAGUGGAAUGGUCCGAUCAGUGUGCAGCGAGCCUUGCUUGAAGGGCCAGAUUAAGGUGAUCAGGAAAGGAGAAGUGAGUUGCUGCUGGAUUUGCACUGCUUGCAAGGAGAAUGAAUUUGUUCAGGAUGAAUUCACAUGUAAAGCCUGUGAGCUUGGCUGGUGGCCGAACGCUGACCUGACAGGCUGUGAACCCAUCCCUGUAAAGUACCUCCAGUGGAGCAAUAUAGAGUCUAUUGUGGCUGUGGUCUUUUCCUGCCUGGGGAUCCUGGUCACCAUGUUUGUCACCCUUAUCUUUGUGCUCUACAGGGACACCCCUGUUGUCAAAUCCUCCAGCCGGGAGCUCUGCUACAUUAUCCUUGCUGGCAUCUUUCUGGGUUACGUCUGCCCUUUCACCCUUAUAGCUAAACCCACCACGACAUCCUGCUACCUCCAGCGCCUUCUGGUGGGUCUCUCCUCUGCCAUGUGCUAUUCUGCCCUUGUGACCAAAACCAACCGCAUUGCACGCAUCCUGGCGGGCAGCAAAAAGAAGAUCUGUACACGCAAGCCACGUUUCAUGAGCGCAUGGGCCCAAGUGGUCAUUGCCUCCAUUUUGAUCAGCGUGCAGCUGACAUUGGUGAUCACGCUGAUCAUCCUGGAGCCCCCGAUGCCCAUCCUCUCCUACCCCAGCAUUAAAGAAGUUUACCUUAUCUGCAACACCAGCAACCUAGGUGUCGUGGCUCCUGUGGGCUACAAUGGACUCCUCAUCAUGAGCUGCACAUACUAUGCCUUCAAGACUCGCAAUGUGCCUGCCAAUUUCAAUGAGGCCAAGUACAUUGCAUUCACCAUGUACACCACUUGUAUCAUCUGGCUGGCCUUUGUGCCUAUCUAUUUUGGGAGCAACUACAAGAUCAUCACCACAUGUUUUGCAGUGAGCCUGAGUGUGACAGUGGCGCUGGGGUGCAUGUUCACUCCUAAGAUGUACAUCAUCAUAGCCAAGCCUGAGAGGAACGUCCGCAGUGCCUUCACCACCUCAGAUGUGGUGCGUAUGCAUGUCGGGGAUGGCAAGGCACCUUGCAAGUCCAACACUUUCCUCAACAUAUUCCGGAGAAAGAAACCAGGGGCCGGAAAUCCAAAUCUGCUGAAUAGUAAGGCUGCUCUUACAGGCAUCCACUCUAAGCAGUGUCCAGGCAGUCACCUGGGCCAAGCACCUCUCAAAAUGGCUUUAUUUUACUCCAAUAAAAAGGAUCAG